CUGUGGUCUGUGGAUAGAAUGCAAUCAUUUCUAACGUUCGAAGCUGUUCCAUUCCGUUCCCACGCACGUCCACAGCUUUAGGUCAUCCACGAUCUGUCCGUCCUCUCGUUACUCUGAUUCUCCCGGGCUCCAAUCCAAGAUGUCGUCGGGCGAAGUAAGGGCGUCGCACAUUCUGAUCAAACACCAAGGCUCCAGAAACAAGUCGUCGUGGAAAGACCCGAAGGGUCUGCGUAUCUGUACCACAACCCGAGAUGACGCCGUCUCUCAGCUCAAAGCUUUGCACACGGAAAUCAUAGAAGGCAAGUCCAGUUUCGAGGAGGUUGCUUCCACUCAAUCUCAUUGCAGCUCCGCCAAACGCGGCGGAGAUCUCGGUUAUUUUGGCCGGGAGAAGAUGCAGAAGCCUUUUGAAGAAGCAUGUUUUGCACUUGCUGUUGGUCAGAUUAGCGACAUUGUUGAUACUGAAAGUGGUGUUCACAUAAUCAAGAGAACUGGUUGAUACAUGGAAGAACAUUAGUCAGCAUUUGUAAUUGCAAUGCAGGCUGAAAUAAGUGAACAAGUUAUGGAAUAUGUGUGACUUGUUUUCUUCCUGUUUGAAGUGCCUUUACUAAUUUCUUGUUUGUUUAGAACCCCCCCAACGGACUGAAAUGAUGUGCUUGAACUAUGUUUUGCUUGCUGCUAUUAUGACUUGUUAAUUGUUUCACGAAGAUUUUGACCGUUGAGGCAAUUUUAGAAUUGUUUUUACGUUUCUGUUUUGUCCAAAUGGGAAAGUCCAGAUACCUUCUAUUCUAAUAGUAAGACCAUGCCUCUUUGUUGAGGGCUUGCGGAUAGCAGAAAGGGCCUUUCCAUCAUUGCUUUGUUACUUUGCAUUUUCACAUUGAAUAAGACAAGUUUGCAGGAAAACUAAAUUGUUUGUGUGAA